ACCAAGGUGAGAGGGGUGGUGGGGCAUGGCCACAUCAGCCCUGCCUUCCUGUCCUUCCAGGCUGGGCUGAGGAGCAUCGAAGAAGAAGCUGCUCCUGAAAUCCAUCGGGCCAUUUCUGGGGACUUGACAGCAGAGGAGGAGCUGGAAAGAGCCAUGGUGGAGGCUGCCAUGGAGGAAGGGAUCUACAGAAGGACAGGUGGCCUGUUUGGCCAGGUGGACAGUUUCAUGGAGCCCAGCAGCCCUCUGCAGCCCCAGGUGGCCAGCCAGAGGCCCCUGCAGUUCACCGAGGUGGGCAGCGAGGACCUCGACUCUCCUGUGUUCCUUGAUGACUUCCCCCAGGAAGGCAACACCAACAUCAACAAUGCCAACAGCAGCUUCUGGCUGGAGGGGGUGCAGUAUGAGGAUGAGGUGCUCAGGAAAACGGUACCAGCAGCACGCAGGCCUCCAGCAUGGGAGCAGAGCCGCCCCAUCCCCAUGGAGAGGCUGAGCAGGAGGCGAAGGGCCCCUUCUGGGGGUCCCUCAUCACCAGGGCCACUGCUCCUCCAGCAGCUGCCCGCAGAGGAUGGCCCUGUGACAGGAACAGCACCCAGCUCAAGGUUCCAGCAGGAAGAAACCCAUGAGCCAAGAACAUCCUCCACCCCAGCCAUCACCUUCCUCAUUCAGGAGGCUCUGAUCUCCGGAGGCCUUGGGGCUCUGGCCCAUGACUCGUCAUUCCUAGCAGUGACCAGGGACGAGAUGGCGGCCAGCAGCCAGCUGGAGAUGGACGAAGUGGAGAAAGCAGCCGUGGAGCUGCUAAAGGGAAGAGAAACACUGCAGGGCACAAAACCUGGCUCUGCCCCACGGGACACCUCAGCCACGCCACCAGGCAGCACCCCAGGGCUCGGUGCAGCCCCCUCCCAAAAGACUGUGGCUGCCACUCGCCUGUGAGCUGCCCGCUGCAGUAGCCCAGGGUCCUGUCACAGGGGAUGCUGGCACAGAGCCACCCUGCCCCCUGCUCCUGCCUGUGGCCCUGAGGGACUCUGGCCAGCUGUGGGGUUAUUUUUGGGACAGGUCUCUGGGCUGCUGGUGCAGAACAGGACAAUGUUGUUCCAGCAGGCUCUUGCAAGAGCUGGACAGGUCAUUAAAGUGUUCCUGC